GGCUCCAGCGGUUGGAGGAACUGCGUGGCUGAAAAUAGAAACUGACACGUGGAUCAUUAUAAACAUUUGGGGAAUCAGGAAAGGGCUGAUUUUUCUCUCGCUGCGUUAUAGCAGACGUGAAACAGACAGUCCGUUUGUUUUACGUCAGCCGCGGGAGCUCAAUGGAUGCUGCGUAGACGUCUUAAGGACAUACUUCUGCACAAAAACGUGUUUUGUUCAUUUCCUUGCUGUCACGCUCGCACGGACUGAGCCGAGAUCGUAUACGAGGAGGUAGUUACAAACUAACACAUUUGUCGUUGAAUGGCAAUUCUACAAAAACAUGGAAAGAACUCUAGUCCAGAUUUGGCCAGCAUUAAAGAAAGCCCCGCAGAUAAUUUCGCACAGGCUGGAUCACAAAAGAAGUGGGCUGAGUCGAGUCCAUACUGGACGAGGCCAGUAGCAAGAUUAUGGACCGUGGUUCUGUUGCUGGGGACGUGCCUGCUGUACUGCGCCCGUGUGGCGAUGCCUAUCUGUGCAGUGAGCAUGGCAGAGCGCUUCAGCUGGUCCAAGAGAGAAACCGGCAUGGUGCUGGGCAGCUUCUUCUGGGGAUACUGCUUCACUCAGGUCCUUGGAGGCUACGUCAGUGACAGGGUGGGAGGAGAAAAAGUGUUGCUGUUGUCUGCGGCAGCGUGGGGAGCAAUGACAGCGUUCACACCCAUCCUGGCCCAUUUCUGCUCUCAGCCUAUCGUCUCCAUGACGAUUUCUCGCUUCCUUAUGGGUCUACUGCAGGGCGUGCAUUACCCGUCUCUGGCCAGCCUGUGUUCUCAGAAGGUGGUUGAGAGUGAGAGGGGCUUUCUCAUGAGCACUGUAGGAAGCGGCUCGUACCUGGGGACUCUGGUGAUAGGAGGCAUUGGCUCUCUCAUGCUGGAUCUGUAUGGCUGGGAGAGUGUGUUCUACAUCUCCGGGCUUCUGUCUAUGUUGUGGGCGUACGUAAUGUGGAAGUAUCUGCUCAAAGGAGAAGGUCCUAUCAUCACACUGGAGUCUCUGGGCAGUGCCGGCACACAGUCCAAACUGUCCAAGAGAAACUGGCUGCGACUUUUUAGACAACCAGCUGUGUGUGCCGUGAUUAUUACUCACUUGUGCACUGCUAGCACCUUCUUCACACUGCUGUCAUGGCUGCCAACAUUUUUCAAGGACACCUUUCCUGGCGCCAAGGGUUGGGUGUUUAAUGUAAUCCCAUGGUUUGUGGCCAUCCCUUCUUCCCUGUUUAGUGGUUGCCUCGCAGACCAUCUAAUAAGUCAGGGUUUUGAUACAGCAUCAGUGAGAAAACUGAUGCAGUUUUUCUCUAUGGGUGUGUCUAGUGUGUUUACACUGUGUCUAUGUUGGACGACUACAUUCCCUGCAGCUGUGGCGUUUGUGUCAGCUACUAUGGGCCUCACCACAUUCAGCCACAGUGGGGUUUCAGUGAAUGUUCAAGAUCUUGCUCCAUCCUGUGCUGGGGCUCUGUUUGGAGUAAUGAAUACAUGUGGGGCAUUUACAGGUGUCAUCAUGGUAUAUUUCUCAGGGUAUCUGAUCGAGGCCACCGGUUCCUGGGCAUCUGUUUUUGGCCUCAUCACUGUUGUUAACCUCCUGGGUUUAGCAAUGUUUUUAACCUUUGCAGAAGCUCGCAGAGUGGACAUAGAUAUAGCAAAGGGUCGUCACCACAACAUCCACAUCUGAAAGCCAAGAGGACAGAGAAAAAGCUUCAGACACCACAAAGUACCAUUUUAUGGAUCUACUAGAGAGGAACAAUAGACAGGCCAUAAUAGUGACCAAUUUACAGAGUGACAACUCAAACGUUACUGAUUGAUUCGGAAGAUAUGCUUGUUUUUCUUUUUGCUUGGUUUGUUAAGAGAUAGCAAUAUUUAGAGUUCAGAAGUUUCACUGGGGCCACAGUAUGAAUAAUGUUAAAUAUAAAUGUCUGCUACAGCUAAUAUCCUUUGUGGAUUUUGUCCAUUGUAGCACAAGUGCUUGGUAAUUGUAGCAAUUGUUGUGUUAUCACUGUGACUGAAGCAGUUAGCCAUGUAUUCAUUUCUUUUUCUUUACACGUUAAACAACAUGCACCAAACUGUUUACUUUCUGUUAAUGGGUAAUAAGUACUGACCAUGCACGGCCUUUUUUACCUCAGUCAUGUAUGUGGUGAAAUAUGUAGUCAUUUUUAUCAGUGCCAUACAUCUCUGUUAGAAGAAGUUUUAUUUAUAUAGCGCCAUUUCAUAGCUCAAGGUUGCUUAUUUCUCCUAAGGUCAGUGAUAUCCUUUCACAAGGAUCGUGUUAAGGUUUUGUGUUUCUGCUUGUCAUUUGUUAAAGCAGAGAGAGUCUAUAUCAGCCUUAAAGAACUGAUAUUAGAUGUCGAGUAAAGAGAUGAUCAUCUGAAAGUUGGAGAUGUUAACUAAAUGUGAACAUGUUUUGUUUGUAACCGCACCCUUCUGUUGGGAUCCAGUUCUGAUGGGUUGUUGUCCAUCUUUUAUUUAUUGUUAGGGACCUUCCCUCAGAGCAUCAGUUGUGUGGACCAAGAAGUUGACAAGGAAAGUACAAUGAAUGUAUUAUGGUUCUAAGCUUUAUUAUGUAGAGACCGUUACUGACCGUUAAAUUUCUCUGGGAUUGAUUUGACCCCAAAAUAUACAUUAUAUGAUGCACCUGUAGGCGAAAUAAUAUACAUCAUAACCACAAAUUAAAGUCCGUUGUUGAGCUGUAGUAAACUGAAACAGUGACAACAUUAUUUAUGCAAAGGACUUCUUGCUGUAAGACUAGGAUUUAUAUCAAAUAUUUGCUAUUUAUCUUCAGAGAAUGACUGAAAUCUAAUCUCUGCCAAAUGUGUUUCAAAUGUCAAAUGUAUGAGAAGUUACUUUAUUUUAAUUUAAACUAUACUGUGUGGGGUUGGUCACCCCUUUUAAAAUAGAUGACACAGUACAAUCAGCCAAAUCCUUAAUAAAUGAAAAUGUUACUUGCAUUACAGAGUCAAAGGAAAAGCAAGUCCUGGUGAUGACUGAAUUUAUGCUUCAUUUCACAGUGUGCAUUAAAACAUGAAUCCUGUGUUACUGCAGGUCUGUUGCGAGGAAAGAUCUUAGUGGAUUUUGCAAAGAAACAGGCCAAACUUGAAUGAUAAAUAUUACACUGUUUUUCACAAAGGGACUCAAUUUUCUCCAGUACAUAAAAUGUUCACAAAGGAACUCGUUUCUGGUUUUAAUCUAUGCCAAAUAUACAGGUUGAGAUUUUUAUUUAUUGAUUUAUAUUUGAUUUGGUUACUUGGAAAUGCUUAUAUGCUUUGUUAAUUUCAUGUAUAUGCAGUUUUUCUUUAAUAUAUUUGUUAAUUGUUUAUCAUUCUGUUGCUAUUAUGUGGGUAAGGUCAUCACAGAUAACAAUAGCUUUUAUUAGUAUAGCGUUUAAGGAAUUUUAAAUAUUACGCUUGCAUCAAUCAUUGCACAUCCUGCUACUAAAGACUAUGAAAUAGAUGAUAAUCUAAAAAUGUAUGUCAAAUCAUACUAUUAUGUGAAGGUUUUUUCUAAAACUGAAACGAUCUGUAUUGUAAUCUUGUUUUAGGGACAAAUGUAAUGAAGUGUACACCAAUGAUAUGAGAACGCAGUAUCCCUUAUGUAUUUUUACGCAUAUUUUGAAAUAUAAAUAUAUAUUUUAUCAAGUGAAA